AUGCUUCAACCUCGGUUAGCCUUGACGGGCCUCCGUCUUCCGUUUAAAUGCGUGUCUUCGGCCACAUCUCGGGCCUAUUCGACCAUAAUCAACCAGAAAGAGAUGCCGUCGACUAACGACCCUGCGAGCACGGCCUUCGAUCCUAGCAUUUCCUUUGCCCCUCCACCCACACGUGACGAUGCGGGUGUUCUCCUCCGAAAGUAUACACCGCGAACACCCGGUAUCCGACAUUUGCGAAGACCCGUCAAUGACCACCUCUGGAAAGGACGACCGGUACAUAAGUUGACAUUCCCCAAGCGGGGUCACAGCAAAGGUGGCCGAAACAACACCGGGAGGGUCACAAUUCGGCAUCGUGGUGGUGGCCACAAACGUCGUAUCCGGGUUGUUGAUUUUGCACGGACUGCACCUGGACCGCACCAUGUGGAACGGAUUGAACAUGACCCUGGACGGAGUGCUCAUAUUGCGCUCGUCCGGAGCCAAGAAACACAGCAGCUGAGCUACAUUCUCGCUGCGGAGGGUAUGAGAGCGGGUGAUGUUGUACAGAGUUAUAUGUCCGGUAUCCCGCAAGAUUUGUGGGAUAGCAUGGGCGGUGCCGUGGAUCCUGGUGUACUGGCAGCCAGAACCGCGUGGAGAGGCAACUGCUUGCCGUUACAUAUGAUUCCUGUCGGCACACUGAUCUUUAAUGUCGGUCUACGUGCAGGUAAGGGAGGUCAGCUGUGCCGAAGUGCUGGCACUUACGCCACCGUGAUUGCAAAAGGCACCAAUACCCCGAGCCAGGAAGCAGACGCCUCCCAGGAAGAGGGUGCAGAAGCUCCGAAGUUGACACAGCGGGACAAGCAAAAGCAGGAACGUCUUGCACAGCAUGUUACCCUCCGGCUCCAGAGCGGUGAGGUGCGGCUGAUUCACAAGGACUGCUGUGCAACCGUGGGAGUUGCUAGUAACCCCAACUACCAAUAUAGCCAGCUUGGAAAGGCUGGACGAUCUCGUUGGCUGAAUAUCCGACCUACCGUCCGAGGUCUUGCUAUGAACGCCGCUGACCAUCCUCAUGGUGGUGGACGUGGCAAGUCGAAGGGUAACGUGGAUCCCAAGAGUCCUUGGGGCCUCCCGGCGAAAUCUGGCUACAAAACCCGACCCAAGUGGAAGGUCAACAAGGCUGUGGUUGUUCCCCGAGUCCGCAACCAGGGCAAGCGUCGCAGAGGGUAUAGUUAA